AUGAGGAAGUCGAUACUCGAAGGCCCUCGGCGGCGCUUGGUCGAACUCUUGGUCUUUGUCUCGGCGGCAACAGCAACCACAAUCAGCGUCGGAAGCACAUCACUCAGUCUUUCUAAUUUUCAGCUGAUCACAGAGCUCUCUGUUCCACUGGGUUGCUUGUUAUCAUAUAACAACCCCAUCGAAGGAUGCGAAGCUACCGACUUUGGCAGCACGGGAACGUGCUCCCAGAAAUGCAGAGUUGGUCUGACUCGCAUGCAAAGUAAUCUCCAGGACGCUUGUCAGUCUGUUCAAGUACAGAUCAACACGAUACUUGGCCAAGCUCUGUCCGGAAACCUGGUCAAUUUGCUUUGCGGCGCCCUAAACCAACAGACGUCAUCGGCAGUGCAAACGAUAUCUACCACGACGAUAAUUGUACUGCCUUCGACCAGCGCUGUUGCUCCUCCUUCACCUCCACCUCCGCCUCCGCCGGCCACGACGUCCGUCGCUCCACCGCCGCCACCGCCAGCAACAUCAUCAAUAUCAAUAUCAACGCCACUACCUCCGCCGUCGAGCCAGGCGCCCCUCCCUCCUGCAACUACGGCGAUACCGCCAGUGUCCAGCCAGGCGCCCCCUAUCAUACCUCCUACUACUAUUAUCACUUCAACAACUUCGACCGAGAGCCAGGCAUCACCUCAAAGCACCACUUCGGCCCCGGUCAACCCUCUCGAUGCUUUGCUCAUGAAUGGGGCCGUGGCCAGCGCGCCAAGAGCGUUUCUCGCGUGGGGUCUACCAGUCCUGGCCGUUGUCAUGUAUGGAAUUGCUUGA